GAACCCAGGCUCUUCCUCGUAGUGCCGCUGGGACCGUUGGCGUGGUAGCGUUUGGCUGCUUUUGUGUGACUCGCUCCCUGGGCGCUGCGAGCGAUCGAGCCGAGCUCGCGGGCCGGUCAUCAUGUCGCGCUACGGGCGGUACGGAGGAGAAACCAAGGUGUAUGUUGGUAACCUGGGAACUGGUGCUGGCAAAGGAGAGUUAGAAAGGGCUUUCAGUUAUUAUGGUCCCUUAAGAACUGUGUGGAUUGCAAGAAAUCCUCCAGGAUUUGCCUUUGUGGAAUUUGAAGACCCUAGAGAUGCAGAAGAUGCAGUGCGAGGCCUGGAUGGCAAGGUGAUUUGUGGUUCCCGAGUGAGGGUUGAAUUAUCAACAGGCAUGCCUCGGAGAUCUCGUUUUGAUAGACCACCUGCCCGACGUCCCUUUGAUCCCAAUGAUAGAUGCUAUGAGUGUGGCGAAAAGGGACAUUAUGCUUAUGAUUGUCAUCGUUAUAGCCGGAGAAGAAGAAGCAGGUCACGGUCUAGAUCACAUUCGAGAUCCAGGGGUAGGCGAUAUUCUCGCUCACGAAGCAGGAGCAGGGGAAGGAGGUCAAGAUCAGCCUCUCCUCGAAGAUCAAGAUCUGUGUCUCUUCGUAGAUCACGAUCAGCAUCACUCAGACGAUCUAGGUCUGGUUCUAUAAAAGGAUCGAGGUAUUUCCAGUCACGGUCGAGGUCAAGAUCAAGAUCCAGGUCUCUUUCAAGACCAAGAAGCAGCCGAUCAAAGUCCAGAUCUCCAUCUCCAAAAAGAAGUCGUUCCCCAUCAGGAAGUCCGAGAAGAAGUGCAAGUCCUGAAAGAGUGGACUGAAGUUCUCAAGUUCACCUUUUAGGGAAAAGUUAUUUUGUUUACAUUAUUAUAAGGGAUUUGUGAUGUUUGUAAAAUGUAACCUAGGAAGGUUAUUUCAACCAUCUAAUCAAAAUGGAUCUGGAUUAUUACUCUGUAAAUUCACAGCAGUAAGAUAAUAUAAAUUUUUGUUGAAUGUAUUAACAUCUUAUGGUUUGAAAAUGUGGGUUUUUAUUUGGCACAUUUAAAUAAAAUGUUUCUAACUAGAUCUUUGAUCUGUGUUCAAUAUUAAUACUUGGUAAUCUUCAGUAGUCAUCUUUGUUAUCAGCCAUAUUCGUACAGAUCGACAUUCAAAGUUUAAUGGUAUAAAGUCCUCAACGUCGUUAACUGUCGUAUACAUACACUUGGAAAACUCCCUUUUACCCUUAGAGGUUUGGGUAAGAUAACUCAGUCCUCCUUAAUAGCAUGAAUACAUCAUGACAAAUCCCUGAAUUAAUCAAUUGGAGUUGGUGUUGCAUAUUAUCAGGCUAAUGAUCUAGAUCUGUCAACUAAAGGAACCACUGAUUUGCCUAUAAAUAAGUGUGACAAGGACUAAACAAAGCUUAUUAAAGUAAAUGGUAUAAGAACUUUGCUGAAUGCUACUUAAAAGUAGAGUUACUGAGGUUUUCAGGCUAUUAGAUGGAAUGAUGUCAAAUCAGAACUCCCAUUUUAGGAAGUUCUCUGUUAACUUUAGCCAAUUUUAUACCAACAUUUUUGCAUGUUUGAGGAAUUGUCUAAAUUUGGGACAAAACAUUUUCAUGUAAACCAGCUUUGCAAAAUUUUCCAGCCCAGACACUCUCAUCUAUUCUUUCAAAUGGAUUGCCUUAUUCUGAGCAGAGAUCUCUUAAUUCCCAAGCUAGAUUUUUUUCAGUUCCCAACCACCAACAUAACUAUUAUUUUGCCAGGCUGGUGCAAAGUAAUUAAAGAUGUCAAUCAGAAAUGUUAAUGAGACAGUUUUGUAAAUCUCACCUAUAUUUAGCACACCUUAAGUCGGUUUUUUGGUAGCAUCUGGUAGACCUUAGAAUAUUAUAGCGUAUUUAGACUUUAAAUAUCUUUAGUAGGACAGUAACAGUUAAUUUUGAGUUUCCUGGUCAAGCUUCUACCGGGUGUUCUCUAGCCUUGGUGCAAAAAAAAAGAUCAUGCAAAAAAAAAAAAGAUUUUGCAGAAUGAUUAAUACUGGUGGCACAGGUAUCUAUCUGCCCUUAUCCAUUUCCUUAUGCUUAACAAAGUUACUGGAUAGCAUUGCAAUUUUGGAAUACUGGUCUGCCUCAAAUUAUUUGGUCUGAAUGAUCACUAGUAUGUUGGAGGUUUGGAUACUUUGUUUUUAGAAUUUGGAAAACUGGCUGAAUUAUGGUUGGUAUAAAACUGUAAUUGGCAGGCUAAUUUUAUUUGUUGCACUUGGCUUUAAUUGUUCUGUAUUAUAUAAAGAUAAGUUUACUCAACAAUAAAUCUGCAGAGAACAAACAA